AUGGCCAUGGCGCGCCGCCGCCGCUCCCACAUUGCCAUUGCCAGCAUCUUUGUGGUUUUCACCGUCUGGCUGACGACGCCUUUCGAUUCGUUCGUGUAUCUCAUGCCCAAAUAUUACCUGAGCUGGCCCUUUGCGGACCGGCUGUCGGACGAGCAGGUCUUCUCCAACCAGCCUCCGCCGCAUCCCGUGGACAUGCUCCAGGACGCCGUCGUGAUCCUAAAGUCAGGUUAUGGAACACGUGACCGCAUACAGGGCUGGCUGGACGCCCAUGUGGAGCACUUGAAUAUAGAGAAGCUGUUCCUGGUGGCCGAUUAUGAGGCCAACUUCUCCAUCACGGCCCAGGGCGGGAAGCACACGCUGCAGAUGUACGAUUCAGUCCGUUUCACCAUAGAUGCAUCGGUGCCGCCCCUGUCACCAGAUACAAAGCGUGUGAAAAAUCACAAUGACCUCCAGAACGCCAUUGCGGCCGGAGUUACAGAACGGCUGGACCGUUUCACCAAGGAGUUUGGAUACGAGAUGGAUGUCAUGAAGUUUGUCUCGAGCCUGGAAAUGGCGUACAAUCGGUGGCCCAAUGAGAAGUGGUAUAUAAUGGCAGACGACGAUUCAUAUUUGAUGUUGCCCUCGGCCAAGCAGCUGCUCCAGCAGUUUGAUCCCAGCAAGCUGCACUAUUUAGGCAACCCUGAAGGGCAUUGGACAGGGCGUUUCGGUCAUGGGGGAUCUAAUUUCAUGGUGUCGCAAGGCGCCAUGAACUAUCUCUUCCGCAAGCACCGCCAGACCGUCGGGGCGGGCAACCACGAGGCGUCCACGACGGCGCGCCUGGGCGAUUGGCUGCUGGGUGUCACCUUCAACAAGAUCGGCAUCUACGUGCAGGAGGGCCACAAGCGUUUCUUCAGCGGCGAGGACCCCUGGGCGGCCAAGAUGCGCGCCGACCGCGUCUGCUCGCUGCUCGUCGGCUUCCACGCCAUCAAGACGGACGACGCGAUGCGCAAGGUCGCCGCUAGCUUUGGCCCGCUGGCCAGGCCCGCCACCUGGUGGGACGUGUGGGACAUUCUGGGCGAGAAGGGCGCGUUCGGGGCCGGCGCCGAGUCCCACUCGCGCAACGACUGGGACUACAUUGGGAAUCUGGACGAGGCCACGUCCACAUUGGGGGACUCCCCGGCCGCCAUCAGCUGUCAGGACGAGUGCCUGGGCCGGAGGUGGUGCCUUGCCUGGACGUACGAGCCCGAGAAGAAGGAUUGCCAUUUGAGCCCUUGGAUGGCCGUUGGGAAAUCCGCAACGGGGAAAGUCUCUGGUAUUAGCGCAGCUCGUAUUAGUGCAGUGCGGGAGAAGUGCCCCAAGCAUUGA